GUCAUCUCAUCUAUUCUCAUCUACGACAAGUUGCUCACUCCGCCAUGACGUUGAACAUUGUCAUGAAAUUCAUUGCCAGCAGACUCCGGCAGAUCGUUGUGCACUGCAUGAAUGUUACAAGACAACAAUAGCACCCGUGAAUUCCAACCAUGGGAAUCAGAGCUCAGGACUACUGUGAGAUUGCCGAUAUAUUGGGAUCUCAUAAAGCACUGUAGAAUCGCCCCGGUCUCAUCACACUUACUUCUGCCCACAAUGGCUGCACCUCCCGAAGUAACGACCAAGAAUCUCACAGGAAAAUAUAUUAUGAACAAGACAUUGAGUGAUGAUAGCGAUGAUAUCCUCAAGCUCCAGGGCGUAUCUUGGUUCAAGCGGCGUGCCAUCUCAAUGUUUACGUUGACGCUUAACGUCAAACAUUAUACAGAUGAGGCCGGCACUGAGCACAUAGACAUCGAGCAGACUCUAUCCGGCGGUAUGUCGGGCAACAAGGAGGACCGCACUCUUGAUUGGGAGGAACAUAACCAAUACAACGAUGUUUUUGGUGCUCUGAUAGGACAAUCAAAGAGAGUCAAGGUUGAGGAAGUAGAUGAUGAAUUCUUAAAGACUGGCUGGACGGAAGACGCAGUUGAAGAUGGGUUGAUCCUUGCUGUAGCCUGGAGCGAUACUCCAAAAAGUGGUAUGGAGUGGAAGGCAGAACUGGUACGAUUUAUUAUUUUGUCUUACUCGUCCCUCAUAUGUAUUCUUCAGACAUGGGGGUUUGAAGAAUUAAAUGGCGAGAGGAGAUACGCUAGACAUGUGAAGUUCACAUCAUCGGAUAAGACGGAUGGUCCGAUCUUUAAACACCUGUAUUACGAUUACGCUGGACCCAGCUGAAUACCACGUACGGACCUUGAAUAAUGUACUACGGCGAGCGAGAAACAAUCUGCUACGAAGACGUUUGCCUUUGUCAAUUGCAAAGGUUCAAACUUU